CCAGCAUUCCAUACCAAAGAAGAAGAGUGGCUGACGUUGAAUUGUAUUGUUUUCAUUUAUUUCGCAUAAUAUAAUAAAAAAUAAAAAUUGUGCAGCAUGGGUGGAAAAACAAAACAGACCCAAAGAACCAAAAACAAUGCUAAGCCUUCAAGCUCUGCACGGAGUGCCGAGUUGCUGGGCACAACAACAUUUGUUGGGUUUUCUGCUCAUUCCGAUUUGGGCUUAAUACCCUUCGUGCCAGGUUUUGGAACCGCCGAACAAAUGCCUGAAACCUUUGAUGCCAGCAUUUCUACACCGUAUCAGCUAACCUUAAAGAAGAUGUCAAAAAAAGAUCCCAUGACUAAGAAAAAAGCUCUACAAGAAUUUAUCGAUUUGAUCAACAGCUCUGAUAUGGAUGAAAUUAAGAACAUAUUGCCAUUAUGGCCUAAAUUCUAUCAAAAUCUGGCUACUGAUCCGGAACACACUGUGCGAGAGCUCAGUCAGACUGUGCUACAAAUUUUAGUUUCGAAAUGUAAAAAAGCUAUUGCACCAUACCUAAAGCAACUGGUGCCGGUGUGGUUGGCUAGUCGAUUUGAUAACUAUGCACCUGCGGCUAGUAUAGCAAGUAGCAGUUUUUCUGAAACAUUUGCCAGUAACGCUAAUCGCACCCGAGAAGUAUGUCUGCACUGUCAAGUUGAUAUACUGGAAUAUGCAUCACGUAACUUAACAUUUCAUACAGCGGCAACCUUAUCGACGGGUAAAAGUCUUACCGCUGAAGAGGCUGAGCAAAAAUAUCAAAGGGUAGUUGUAUGCAGCUUGAAGGAGCUGUCAUUCUUUGUGGAACAUACCCAAGAUGCAGAGGAUCAAGACCAAAUCAAAGAUCUUUUGACAAAAUUGUUAGUCCAUCAAAAGUUCUUCAGUUUUGCCAAAAACAAAUUAACUGUCAUUAAAGCUGCCUGGUUCGAGUUCAUUUACUAUUUAAUGCAGAGUCCACAACUCAUGGAUAUUGUGGAACAACAUAAAUCCCAAGUAACGGCAAUAGCUUUUCAAAAUAUUGAUGAGUCGGAUCCUUUAGUGGCACCCCAUGUUUGGGGGUGCAUAUUAUUAACGCAAACAAAUUUCAAAGAUUGGCCCGUUACCAUUGAUUUUCGGGAAAAAGUAUGGCCAAAAUUCUCUUCUUUACUACGCAACGCUUUCAAUCGCAAUGCCCAAGCAAUUUGCCCAAAUAUUUUGCCCUUCUUUUCACAACUCUCACAGGUCACAACGGAUCGCACAGAGUACCAUCAGAUGGUACGCCAAUUCUUCGAUAAUCUGAAGGGAGUUUUAGUUAGUGAGACCAACAACAUAUCGAAACAGGAUACCAUCAUAAUUAUCAAAACCUACUUUGAAUGUCUACGUUACAUAAACCAAAAGAUAAUUAAUGCUUCCAAGGUUCAACCAUCUCCCGAGGAGAAUGAGCUAGUAUUACAGCUAUUGCAAGAUAACGUUAUGCAGCCCUUAAAAUGGUGUUUGACCAGCACAAACGGUCUAGCAACCAGAUAUAUAUUUCAAAAUGCUUCAACAUUGGUGGCAUUUUUCGAUAAACAACACACAGAUUGUCCUGUGUAUCAACAGUUAUUGGAUAAAUUUUGGCAAUCACUAUUCAACAUCACCACUGAAGAUUUAAAUCAGCCGGAUGUUGGCGAAUUGUAUUUGGAACGUAUAAUUGAGCUAAUCAACGAUUUAUAUGUAGCCAAUCCAAAUCUAGAGGAGCAUAGAGUGAAAUUUGCCACACUUGUAGCAGAAGAUAAAGGGACAAAGGAUAAUGGUGUUGAUGAUAAUCAACCACUCUUAGAGCGGCCACGCACACCUAAGGAACAAUUAACAGCGGCUGCUUUUCGUCAAAAAGAAUUGAAACAAUUGGUUUUACAAUUGUUGCGUAAGUGUAUAAAGAAAACUGAGACCCUGAAUACCUCCAGAUAUAUUAAACAUGUGCGCCUGCUGUGCAAUAUGUUUAACGACAAAGAUUUCUUUAUUAAGCUGACCGAAAGUAAUACCCUGGAAUCCUCAUUAACGACGUUCGUCAAUUUAUUGAGUACAUCAUUUUUGGACAACGAAGCCUGUGAGAUAGUUGUGGAUGUGGUGUUCGAGAUAUUACAUCAUGUAGAAAAAUCCCAACGAUUUGAAUAUAUCGACAAACAGCUGAUGAAGAUUCCUCACCAUUUAACGCAGACCUUGGUUUUGCAACGAUUACUUUCCCAUCCUUUGUGUAUUGAACCCGAAGUUCGUCAUAUACUUGCACAAGCUGAGAUCACAGACAUUAUAAGCAAAGUAUCGCGGAAUGUAGUCAAAAAUAAUUCAAAAGAUCUUUUCAAUCUUCUGCACAAAUGUUUCUUUGAAACUGACACGGGUGAUAUUUUGAUAUCCAGCAAAACGGUGGACAAAAUACUCAUGAUACUUUCGGAGCCUUUGGUCGAUUCCAGCUAUGAAACAGAGCACGAAGGUGAAGGUGACGAGAAUACUGAUAUUGAUGCAUGCGCCAGUUUUGUAGCCCAAAUCAUGCCAGUUGUAUGCUCAAAAGAAAAUGCAUCACUUGAAGUGAAACAUGAUGUAUUUUUGCGGCUCUUCAAAUUUAGCAUAGAAAAAUCCGCUAAUGAUUUCAUAUCGGAAGAUACGCUAUGGGAGAUAACAACCUGCUGGCAGGAUGCCUUGUCCAGCGAAGAUAUAGUAAUUGAUGAUGCAUUAUUGCAAAAAUGUGCAGAUGUUGUGGCCUCCCAAGGGGAGAAACCUAAUUUAAGCUCUACCGCCAUAGACUCAAUAGCCGAAGCUUCGGGUAAGUUUGUAACCUGUUCCACAGAGAAUAUCCAAGAUGAGAAAGAACGUUAUGACAAAAUUGAUAAGGUUUUGGAAACCAUAUUAACUAAUGACCAGCUUGCUAUUAAGGAUUUACACAAUGUUUGCCUUUUGGUGGAAUCAUUGAAGGGUUUCGUAACGCCUAGCUCUGGCUUUGUACAAAAUAUGCGCAGGCUCAACGAAUUACAUGCAGUUUUACAAAAAUCCCUAUUGAAUUUUUCAAUACUGAGCAAAUUGGUUUGCUGCAAACCCAUGCAAGCAGCAGAUAUGGGACUUCAAGAAAAGUCCGAAGCAAAUGAUGAGGAAAUAACCGAUGACUAUUGUGAUCCCAACGAGAACCUAUUAAAAGUUUGGUCUAAUUAUCUACAAGACGAGUUACUCAAAUACAUAAACAUUGCGGCGGCUGCUGAUUCUUUGGUUAAUCUCUGUGAUAGUUUGGAUAAAAGUCUGGUAUCUGUGUGUUUAGAGCUUUCCGAAAAGGUUCAAUCGUUACUGCGCAACUCGGGGGAAUUGAGUAUUACACUGAAGGAAAGACUGCUGGAGGAAGCAGCCAAAGAAAUAGACAUUGCCUAUUUUCGAUCUUUGCCGUAUUUGGUUAAUGUCCAACAAUAUGCCCAGUUUGAGGAAAGUGGUUUGCUCUUGCUAGCCGAAGAUCUUCAGGAAUAUUUUGCUGGUCGAAAGACAUUUAAAGCCUAUAUGGCUGCACUGCAAUACCUUUUGCCCAAACUGGAGGCAAAAACGCUCGACAUGCAAUGUCCCAUAAUGCGUUGUGACCCCGAUGAGUUGUGGAUAAAAGCGGCUGUAUUUCAUAGUUUAAUAGAGAAUAAUUUCUCAUCUUCAUACAAUGAGAAAUCGGAUCAAAAUAUUAUAACAGUGGCAUUGCAAUUCAUAACAGAACAUGCAGAUAAAUUGCACACCCAAAAGGAUUUGCUGCUAUAUCAAUGUGAGAUACAAAAACAAGAAUUUAAAAAUAUCCUCAAUGCCGUGGAAUACAUUCGCCUGUUGGAAUGUGUAUUGCAACGUAUACCCUAUCAGUUAACCAUUAAAAAUUGGGAUGUAAUACGCAUUGGUUUGGGUCAUUGGAUUUUAAGUGUAACCAAAUCUCUGGAUCAUGCUCUAGAUAAAGUUGAACAAAAGUCUUUGUACUUUACCCUGCACGUCUUUAAAUUGUUCUUCUCACUCACUAAAUUUUUCAAUGAAGAAAAACAAAAAAGUUCCACUGAGCUGGUAAAGAAUGUCCAUGAUGAAUGGCUGCAGGUAUUCUCACGAGAUGUUUAUCUAACCCUAUUCAAAACUUUCUAUAAAGUUUGCCAAUUCCAAGAUAUUCCCAAUGAUUUCCUAGACUGCUGGGAAAUAUUCUUGGUAGAAUUAACCACCACAAUGGAAUUUAUGGAUUUUGGAAUUGUUUAUACGUUCUGCAAGAACUCAAAUCAAAUGACAUUGGAUCAUAUUUGCAAUUUCUUGUUGAAAAAUCUUUCAAGUCCCAUUCAUUCACUGCGCACUUUAAGCAUUUUUAUGAUGCGAAAUUUAACACCAUACUUUGUGGCUGAUGAUAUCGAGAUGUAUGACAUUAAAUCGGAACAAAUCGAUAAGGAUGAACAUAAGAGCAUCAAAUGGCAUUUCCUUAAUCGUUUUGAGGAUUAUAUGGGACGCUAUGAUAUGCCCAUAAGGAAAUAUUUAAGUGAAUUUAGUUUCAAAUUAACCGAAUUAUCCGAAAUGAGCGCCAUAGACAGGCAUGAAGCACUUUCGUACCUUAUGUUAUGGGACUGUAUAAUUUACGCUUGUGCCAAAUCACCAGUGGCUCUACGAUCUGUGUACACAACAUUUCUGCACGAAAAUAAAUAUGAAGAGAAUUUACUGCACUUCUUGUUUCGUUGCAUGCCAGUGGAAAUUUUGAAAAAUCACAAUACCAAACAAUUGAAUAAUGAUAUCUUCAAGGGUCUCACAUGGUCACAAAUAAAAGAUUGUAAUUUAUCAUUAGAAAAAUAUACUUGCCACCUGUAUACCGAUGUUUUGAGCAAGUUACCAGCUGUGGUGCGCAAAUGGUGGAAUACAAGUCCUUCAAGGCAAAAAACAUUUGUCGAUACUUUAACAACGAACUUCGUCUCCCCCAUAAUAUGUCAGGAAGAAUUAAUGGCAAUUGCCAGCAAAAAGGACAAACACGAAAAUAUGCAGGUCACAGUCCAUAUGUCAACUCGAGAAGUUUUAGCUGUUUACUCGAUCGAUGAGGCUCGCAUGGAGCUAGUAAUCACCCUUGCUUCCAAUUACCCCCUCGGCUCUGUUAAAGUUGAUUGUAAUAAACAAAUUGGUGGUCGUUCUUCUUCACGCAAUGUGGCUAUGCAAUUGACCAUAUUCUUAACACAUCAGAAUGGUACUAUAUUCGAUGGCCUGGCUUUAUGGAAGAAUAAUCUAGACAAGAAAUUUGAAGGUGUCGAAGAAUGCUAUGUCUGUUAUACCGUAAUACAUCAGGACACCUGCCAAUUGCCCAAACUAACUUGUAAGACGUGUAAAAAGAAGUUCCAUGGCCCCUGUUUGUAUAAAUGGUUUACAACGAGCUCCAAAUCGACCUGUCCCAUAUGUAGAAAUGUCUUCUAAUGUCUUACAAGAAAAAGCAAUAGUAAUUUAUGUUCAAAAUGUGUAGCGUAAACUAAAUAUACAUAUGUAUGUAUGGUAUAUCUUGAAGAUAAUUUAAAAUAAGGGGAUACUUAUGAUAUUUAAAUUAAUAAUAAAUGCAAUGAAGUAAUAGAAA